AUGGACGAAGACAACAGCGGCCUUCAAAAUGAUAUCGACGUCUCUACCGCCUCCUUGAAUAACUUUGAUUGCUCCUUAAACAUGCCCCCGCCUACCAAAAAACAUAUCAAAAACAUGCAUCACGAUAGCUUCUUCGACCUUGCACGUUUGAUGAAAGAGAAGAAGCCGUAUACUACCACUCCAAAUCUGACUCCACGCCUAACGCCCCCUGCAGGGCCAAACAAUAGUGCUCUUGGUGCAGAUCGCGCCUUUUCCCGCUCGACGAAGCCCUUCACUACGCCCGAGACUGUCGCUGAAUUUCUUGGGAAGCAAGAGCUUGCUUCCUCAGCCAGUUGUUCGAAAGAUGCUGUCACAAGUUACCUAUUUGAAAAGGUUGCGCAGCCUCAAAACCCAGUGGAUGGCAAGAUUGGUCACAGCCGUGGAGAUGAGAGUGUAUGUUCGCACGAGGUGCAGUCAGCCACAUCUUCGAGCCUUGACAUAGUGUGUCUCUCAGACCUUGAGCCGCUUUCACGUGUGGUACCAGUUGAGUUACCAACCUUUACCGAAUCUCUUCAAACGUCUCGACUAGCACCCCAGACCAAGACUGGUUACAUGACACAAUUGACGAAGCCAGUAUGGCAUCCUAUAGGAGAUGAGUUUGAUGACGUAAAGGAACACAUACUAACAAUUCCCGAACGCCAUAUUCUAGCUCUCAAGCAAAGUGACGAAGAAAUCCGAAGCACAAAGGGCGAUGAUGAGUCGCAGUUGUGCAAGCUCAAGUACCGAAAUGAAGUUAACAAAGACCAAAAAGCAUCGAUGUGCCGACUCUUGGCCCAGAAGGAGUCUCAGAUCAAGACUCAGCAGCUGGAAUUUGAUGGCCUAAGUCGAAGAACGACAGAAUUAGAGGCUAAACUCAAGGGCUUGGGAAAAGCGGCUGGGGAGUGCGAUUUCCUGCGCAGCACUGUCGCGAAACUAGCUCGCGAACGAGAUGAAGCCUUGCAAGCCUCUACUAGUACUGCGCAAGAUUAUGAAACCCGCAUCCAAAAGCUCACCGAAACUCUUGCGAAGUGCAGGGAAACCAACAUCGAGCUACGUGGAAAGCUUGUGGAAGAAAGCUUCAACAAGACUAAACUGGAAGAUGACAAUGAAGAUCUUAAAGCCAAACUUCGCGAGAAGACUAGCCUCUGUGACCGCCAACGCAACCAGCUGAAGACUGCUGAACGUGAACUUGGGAUCUCUGAAGAGCGUCUCAACAAUACAAAGAAUGGUCAGUUGUUGCAGGGCGCUGCGCAUCUCGUCAAGCCAAACAUGCAUGCCGAGCUGCCCAAGACUGUGAUUGCAUGCUUCGAGUGCUAUGCCAACAACCUGGAGUGCGACAGUGAGGCGAGAUGCCGCAGCUGUACCGAACGCGAUGUGUCGUGUGGACGUUGGAGGUGCUCAAUGAAGCAUAAGCUGGGCGAUUGUCCCCUUACACCAUGCAAACUCUCGCACGACUCACAGGGCUGGCUUAUUCUCCCAAAAAAGAGGCCUCAGUGGUGA